CGUUUCGAAGUGUCAUCGCCGCGCAGUAUACUCUUCGAUUGAAUUUCACGAAAAGUUUAGAAGGAAAAAUUAAAAAAAAACUUGGGUAAAAGAAGUUUUACCUUGUGAUUUGAAGCAUUUACAUCAGUUCAGAUCAACAGUGAGACUUCAUUCGAAGACGCGUAACAAAAUAUUGUAAUAAAUGUGAAGUUCAAGUGUAGCUUAUGCAUUAAAAAAAAGUAUCAACCAUUCGAGUGAAAAAUUAACAAAGAAAAAUCUACCCAGUUGUCUUGUAAAGUUGCUUACAGUGAAAACAAAAGUUAUUUUAAUAACAAAAAAAAGAAUCGAAAAAUAGUUUCGCAUUUUGUAUGCGCUUUCAAUUUAUGAAACGUGAAUUUAAAGAAGAAAAAAAAAGCGUGUGACGUCAAGGCAGUGAGGUGUUGUUUUGUAUGAAUUAAUAAAGUUACAGGUGUUCUUUUCGUAUUCGUCAUACUGUUAUUAUCGCGCAAAAAUCAAUAAUGGCAGCAGCUUCUGCUAAUAAUAAUGGAAUUGUGAACACAAAUCCAAAUGCAGAGAUAAUUCGUGGACAAGUGUUUGAGGUUGGUCCAAGGUAUACGAAUCUGGCUUAUAUCGGAGAGGGUGCGUACGGUAUGGUUGUGUCUGCCAAUGAUACCCUGACAAAAACAAGGGUUGCCAUCAAAAAAAUUUCACCAUUCGAGCAUCAGACAUAUUGCCAGAGAACAUUGCGAGAAAUAAAGAUUUUAACACGAUUUAGACAUGAAAAUAUAAUAGACAUUCGAGACAUUCUACGAGUAGAGAGCAAAGAACUAAUGAAGGAUGUAUAUAUUGUUCAGUGUUUAAUGGAGACUGACCUUUAUAAACUGCUUAAAACACAGAGGCUGAGUAACGAUCACAUCUGUUAUUUUUUGUAUCAGAUCUUACGCGGCUUAAAAUAUAUUCACUCAGCUAAUGUAUUGCACAGGGAUUUGAAACCAAGUAAUUUGUUAUUAAACACAACAUGUGAUCUUAAGAUUUGUGAUUUCGGACUAGCAAGAGUGGCCGAUCCUGAACACGAUCAUACAGGAUUUUUAACAGAAUAUGUAGCUACACGAUGGUACCGAGCACCUGAAAUUAUGCUAAAUUCCAAAGGUUAUACGAAGUCGAUUGAUAUCUGGUCGGUUGGUUGCAUAUUGGCAGAAAUGUUGAGCAAUAGGCCGAUAUUUCCGGGUAAACAUUAUUUGGAUCAGUUGAAUCAUAUCUUAGGUGUACUAGGGUCACCAUCUGCUGCAGACUUAGAAUCAAUUAUCAAUGAAAAGGCACGAAGCUACCUCCAAUCAUUACCGUACAAACCUAAAGUACCGUGGUCAACGUUAUUUUCUCAUGCUGAUCCGCAUGCUCUUGAUUUGUUGGAUAAAAUGUUGACAUUCAAUCCACACAAUCGGAUUUCAGUUGAAGAUGCACUGGCUCACCCAUAUUUGGAACAAUACUACGAUCCUGACGAUGAGCCCGUAGCUGAAAAGCCAUUCAACGUUUCGAUGGAAAUUGACGAUCUUCCCAAAGACACACUCAAGCAGCACAUUUUCGACGAAACAAUGAGAUUUUUGCAGAUAUCCGAUCAGGUUAUAUAAGCGUUUAAAAACAAAGGAAAAGAAAACGUCACACUCAAAACGGGUGCAGCUUUUCUUUCUUUUCUUUUCUUUUUUUUUACUAAGGCUAAGUGUUAAUUAACUAUUAAUUGUUCUAUUUGAUAAAUGAAAAACAAAAAAAUGGCUUGGUUUUAAGACGGCAACAAAAUGUUGGUGUGUGGAAUCUAUAUAUAUAUAUAACGAUCGUAGUACUUUUUUGAUCUUAAGUUGAUAGAAUUUUUAGUAUGUAAAAUCAAAAUCAUAAAUGGACAUCAAAAGGAAGAAUUCUUAAGUUUUUUUUUUCUUUCGUUCGUUUAUCUAGUCGUAGCAUUUAUUCAUAAGUUUUGUAGUAUUUCUUUUCGUUUGCUUUUAUGUUCCAUAUUAUUUCACUAUAUAAUCCACUCAAAUAAUGAUUAAAAUUAUGUCCUCCAUGGAUUACGAAUUGUUUUAACCUCUAACAGACGGCCAUAUAAAUAUCAUCUAUCUUCGACACCGACGACUAAAAAAAGACGAUUACCAGUGGAUGGACUCGCCAGUGGACAUAAUUAGAUCAUAAGCAUAACAAGUAUGAACUGAAAUAUUUUACGGCGGUUCCUAAUUUAAACAGAGUCGAUAAUGGUGCUGAUGUUAUGGAGGGCCGUCUGGGAAUGCUUAAACGCAGCACUUGUGGCCAUACAAAAGUUAAGACUCAUACUGUCUUGAGAAAAUGAAAGUGUAUCCUGCUCUCUAACGGGAAAAUAGGUAAAAUUUCGAGAGACGAACCAGGUCAUAUUUCCGUUUAUCUCCUUUUCUAUCAAUUUUUUUUAUUGUCGUAAUAAAUACCGUUCCCAAAGCAUCCGGAAUUAUCAGUUCGAAAACAUUUUCUUGUACUGCGGUUCAUAAUAAUAUAUUGUCUUCCCGGGAACCUAACUGUUCGGCUCGGUGUUCAAUCUUUGAUGAUUUUUAACAUUCCUUGUACAAUAUUCACCGUUUGGAUUUCAAUAUAAUUUCAAUUCUUUUCAGUCCAAAGUUGUAAGCGAAUCGCCUUUUUUGACGUAAAGACUUACAGCUGGACACAUACGUACAGUCUUUUAGUGAUGUCAAGAGUCGAAUGAACUUAUCUAAAAUUGGGAAAAUUUCUCAAUUGGAAAAUCAUUUUUUGGAAUCGCCGGAUGACAAAAAGGUUUUUUAUUCGUAGACUCCCCGAUGUUUUUGUGUUUCCUCAUCACCGAUUUUCCUUAGAUUUUCAUUUCCUAUUAAAUAAAAAUAACUUCCACAGAAUGAAUAUUUUCUUUUGAAAACGGGUUUUCUGGACCUACUGACAUGAUUCAGUGCAAA